AUGGUAAGUUUGGUAACUGGAGGAGCAUCAGGACUUGGGAAGGCUACGGUUGAAACAUUGGCAAAACUUGGUGGAAAUGUUGUUAUUCUCGAUGUUCAAGGAACCCGAGCAGAAAUUGUUGCCAAAUCCAUAGGUGAAAAUGUUUUAGUAUCUACUGGUUGUGUGACUUCAGAGGCAGAUGUUAUAAAAGCACUAGAUUUAGCCAAAACAAAAUUUGGACGGUUAGAUUAUUUAGUUAACUGUGCUGGUUAUUCUGUAUCUCAUCAAACAUAUAAUUUUCAUAAAGACAAAUGUGUGGAAUUGGAACAUUUUGAAAAAUGCAUAAAUGUUAAUACUGUAGGCACAUUUAACACAAUACGGCUAGCCGCUGGGUUAAUGGGUAAAAAUAAACCAUCUGAGAGUGGCCAACGGGGUGUUAUAAUAAACACAGCAUCAACGAUAGCCAUGGAAGGAGACAUUGGACAGGCGGCUUAUGCAGCGUCAACAGCAGCGGUUAUAGGCAUGACAUUACCAAUUGCUAGGGAUUUAGCAUCCCAAGGAAUCCGAGUUAUGACAAUUGCCCCAGGUAUCUUUGAAACACCAUUAGUUUCAUAUUUACCAGAAAAAAUGAUAAAAUUCAUCAAAAGGAUGACGCCAUUUCCCUCACGCUUAGGAAAACCGGAGGAAUUCGCACAUUUAGUCACAAGUAUAAUUGAAAAUCCCAUGUUAAAUGGUGAAGUAAUACGUAUAGAUGGCGCCCAACGCUGGUUCCCGUUAUAG